AGCUGAUUUCAAGCAAUGAUCAGAGAACUACACCACAGUGUUUUUACAGUUUGUGUUGUUGAACUUUGAGGCGUUUGGACUUUGUCAGCAUGUGGAUUUCUGCAGCAUUUCUCCUUUUUGCAUUGGCUGUAAAUGGAGUCAAGUCUCAUGGUCGAAAAUGUCCCACUGGCUGGGAAAAACUGGGACCUCAAUGUUUUAAAUUUUUCAGUGACUUAAAACCAUGGGCUGAUGCAGAGAAACACUGUCUUGACCUCGGAGGAAACCUUGCAUCUAUCCACGAUCAACGCACUAACAGUUUCCUAAAGAGCUUUCUGAAAAAAUGUGCUAAUGCUGUCCCCCGAACCUGGAUUGGUGGUCAUGAUGCAACUAAGAAUGGUGUCUGGUUUUGGAGUGAUGGAUCACAGUUUGACUACUGUGACUGGCUUACUGGUGAGCCAAAUAAUCUGGGAGGACAUGAAAAUUGUGUAGAGCUGGCCUUUGGAGCUGAGCAACGCUGGAAUGAUGCAAGCUGUGACACUCCUCUCAGUUUCAUCUGUUUGAUUUCUCGACUUGAAUGCUAAUCUUGUCUGUCCAUCAUGGAUUUGCAAAGUCUCCAAAUUUGACUAUAACAGACAUGCUUUGACAUUAAUUCUAAAUCAAUCUUUGCAAAAAAAAAUAAAGUGAAAUGGACUAAACUGCAAA